UGUGAGACAUUGUCAGGAACUGCUUUGGCAUCAUUAAAAACGACCAUGUCUGCUGUGGCUCCAGCAGUACCAUUGCCUCCAGCGGCAAAGACUCCCAAAAAGAGGUCUUCCAAGCCUAAGAAAACUGGUCCAACCGUGUCUGACCUGAUCUUGAAGGCUGUGUCCGCAUCUAAGGCGCGCAGCGGCGUUUCUCUUGUGGCCUUGAAGAAAGCCCUGGCAGCUGGUGGCUAUGAUGUUGUAAAAAACAACUCUCGUAUCAAAUUGGCACUGAGACGUUUGGUGACCAAGGGAGACCUGGUUCAGGUCAAGGGAACUGGUGCUUCUGGUUCCUUCAAAAUCAGUAAGAAGCAAGCUGUAGCGAAGAAGAAGAAAGCCGUCAAAAAGAAGAAACCAGCGGCCAAAGCCAAGAAGCCCGCGGCCAAAAAGCGCAGGAGGUCGGCAGCGAAGAAACCGUCGGGAGCCAAGAAGACCCCGAAGAAGGCUAAGAAGCCAGCGGCAGCAAAGAAAGCCAAGUCACCAAAGAAAGCCAAGAAGCCGAAAGCGAAGAAGGCGAGGAGCCCCAGGAAAGCCAAGGCUGCUAAACGCAGAACAUCCAAGGCUAAAGCCCCUGCCAAGGUGUGAGUGGACUGCGACAUUUCUGGACAAUUUAACCCCAAAGGCUCUUCUAAGAGCCACCCCAUGUUUUCAGUGCAAGAGUGCAAAAGUUUCCUUUAUCCAAAAGUUGAGUUACUGCUCAUUGUUAAGUUGCUUUUGAGACUGCGAGUUCAUGUUUUUCGACAUUAUGACAAUCAAAGGGCUACUUAAUUAGACAGCCAAAAUGUUACUUUGCUAAAUUUAUUUGCUUUGUAUUUUAUUAAAUGCAAACGUGUGGAAUGGUAUAUGUAUGAAAUUCUCUACACUGGUUUCAGCUGACCAUCGUGUGAAUGUUUUCUGUCGGGGUUCAUAAGUUCUAUCUUGCAGUUGUGAACAUGAUGUUCGUCACUUAUGUGUUCAUUAAAUUACCAGUGUUUACGUUUUGCAAUAUGUCGUUAAUUAUUAAAACAACUCAGAGAAUAAUGUAAAAUAUGAGAAAAUCAUGAAAUCAUUUACUUUGUUUGAUUGACAAUGUUCAAAGAUGAAGCCGUAAAAUAUCAGAUACGAAGCACAGGGCUAUAUAAAAUUGCUUUCACGCGCUGACGUCGUGAAGCACCUUUCCACCAAGAGUAGGCUAAUUUUUUCCACAAGCAAUAUCCUCAGCAAAGACGGCUGGGUAGAGAGAAGAUAAGGGCUAUUUCAUAUUCUGUGCGUUACGUAACAUGAGCGCACUUAUCCCGCCUCACAAAUACUGCGGUAAAAGAGCACAUUAAAACGUUCUCAUUUCGAAACGAUUGAACCCUCAGUAUUUAUUUCCUGUCUGUCAAGGUGUGUGCAUGAAAGCGAGAGAUAGAGGCCACAGUAAUAUAAAAAAUAGCCUUUGCAAUAGAGCCAUUUUGUAAUCAAAUG